AUGGAUAAGAAUGAAAGUUUGAAGGAAGAGGAAAUAAAAAUAGAGAAAGUGAUUCGUUUCGAUAAAACUGGUUGUCCAAUCGUAAAGGGGAAGAAGGCACACAAGAUCACUUUUUGUGAUGAGGUGAUGGCUGGGAAAUCCGUUCAUAACAUAAUUUUUGUCGAAUGCUACAAACAAUUCAAUUUGCCUUAGAACGACAUAGAAGUUGCUGAUGAAUGCUGCAUAUUAUUGUGA